UUGUGAAAUGUCUGGCCUCUGUUGGUCUGUUGUGCUCAGCUGAAGCCUUUAUAUUCAAGUAGUAACUUAUCUCACUUCUCUCAGACCCAGUCAUUCCCAUCCCAGACUUGGAUUGGUGUUGGUGAUGCAACAACUGAGCAAUUAAAAGCAGUAAGUCAUGUAUAGUUUUGACUGUGUUCUGCUGGAGUGUGAGGGGUUAACGGCAGCCUGCCUGCAUCUAGAGGCUGUACACUCCCUGGUCAGUGGUCAGUCAGUGUAAGACACACUUUGUUUGGGACAGAAAGGCCUUGUGAGAGAGGGAAUGAGUGUGUCCGUGCCAGCCAGAGAGAAGACACAAGAUUCCUGCUAUUUGAUUGACCAAGGAAACAAAAUUGACUGAUUGACCACCAAGGAUUUUAUCUGUUUACGGCACUAACUGGACAUUGGAAUUGUGGAGAAACUCAAUGCAUUGGAGUGUCAUGGAGAUGAUGGGGAAGAGGGAAACCUCAUGAUAUUCCACUUGAAGGAUUGUGCUUAUGAAAGAUAAAGGCGUCCGUCAACAGGAUCGGUGAAGGUCGUUCACUGUAGAGAUGGGGAUGCUGGCCAGAUCCACUCUAUUACUACUGUUAUGGCAAGGACUGUCUGCCUUUGACGUCCCACUGGAAUUCAGACAGCCCCCCACCAUUAUAAAACAGUCGUUGAAGGAUCAUGUCGUGGACCCCAGAGACAACAUGGUCGUUGAGUGUGAAGCCAAAGGCACCCCCCACCCAAUUUUCUCAUGGAGGCGUAAUGGGAAGUAUUUCAAUGUGGCACGGGACCCUCAGGCCUCGAUGAGGAGACGUUCGGGGACGCUGGACAUCUAUGCCUGGGCUGACCCGGAGGCUUAUGAGGGCGAGUACCAGUGUGUUGCCACCAAUGAGUAUGGUACUGCAUACUCAAACAAGAUCAACCUACGCAUCUCUAGGGCCCCUCUGUGGCCCAGAGAGGUUUUGGAACCAGUAACGGUGAGUGUUGGUCUUCCUCUGGUCCUGGACUGCAGCCCUCCUCCAGGCCCUCCCAAACCUGAGACCUAUUGGAUGAGCAAGUGUUCAUCAGGGAGACCUUUCAACUGGCCUCACCAGCCCCACCCCCCAGUCAUGCUGCCUAUCAAACAAGACCGUAGAGUGUCUAUGGGGGUGAAUGGAGAUCUCUACUUCUCUAAUGUCUACGUCAAUGACUCUGCCACCGACUACUGUUGCAACGCACGCUUCCCCUACAAAAACAUAAUUCAACAGAAGAUGCCUAUUACCGUUAGAGUCCUUACAACCCGCAUGGUGUCAGAGGCCGCUCCCACCUUCCUGUCUCCAGCCGGGAGGUCCAGCUCCCAGACUGUCCUGAAGGGGGAGGAGCUGCUCCUCGAGUGCAUCGCUGCUGGAGUUCCAACCCCUGUCAUCACAUGGACCAAAGAUGGACAGGAACUGGACACGACCAACAUGAAGGUGAAGAACUACAACAAGUUACUGCAGAUCCCCAAGGCCGCUUUUGAGGACUCUGGUGAAUACACGUGCAGUGCCACAAACAAGAUUGGAUACUUGGAACACACCAUCACUGUCCGGAUCAAAGCUGCUCCGUUCUGGUUGGAAAAGCCCAGUAACCUGGUGCUGGCCCCAGAGGAGAAUGCACGCUUAGUGUGCCGCUCUGACGGCAUCCCCCGGCCCAGUAUCCGUUGGUUCAUCAACGGAGAUACAAUGGAGGAUGCUACUCCAGUCCCAAACAGGGAGGUGUCCGGAGACACAAUUACCUUCCGUUCUGUGACUGUGGCGAACACUGGUGUUUACCAGUGCAAUGCCUCUAACCAGUAUGGCUACCUGUUUGCCAAUGCUUACAUCAACGUACUGCAUGCAACGCCACGUAUCCUUAGGCCUAGGACUGACCUGGUGAAGGUCAUUGAGGGCAGACGUGCCUGGCUAGACUGCCGCUAUUUUGGCUCGCCCGUGCCUGAUCUGCGCUGGUCUAAGUAUGGACUGGGCAACCUGGAGGGGAAUCGCUUUAAAGUACACAGCAACGGGACACUACAGAUCAAAGGCACCCGUAUGGAUGACCAGGGGACAUAUCUGUGUAUUGUCAGCAACGUAGCAGGACGAGAUGAAAACAAGGUUAACCUAGAAGUCAAAGAGUCCACCAAAAUUCUCAAACGGCCAGAUAAUAUGAGAGUCCUCCGGGGGACUGAUGUCCGGUUGGAGUGUAAGGCCCAGCAUGACCCCACAGUCGCCGUCACCACCACCUGGCUGAAGAACAAACAGUUCCUCAUCAUAGGCUGGAGGCUGUCGCUGGAUGAAUCAACUCUGGUCAUCACAAACGUCAAUAGAGGAGACGAGGGCAAUUACACCUGCAUCAUCAAGACUGAGAUGGACAAGAACACUGCCUCCGCCCGCCUGGUGGUGAUGGAUCGUCCAGACCCCCCUACAAACUUGCAGUUGUCGGACCCCUUUGAGCGCAGCGUCAGGCUUACCUGGACCCCUGGAGAUAGCAAUCACAGUCCUAUCAAAGAAAACCUGGUGCAAUAUGAUGAUGACGACUGGUUACCUUUCAAGUGGAGAAACCUUUCCACGUACCCUGGAAAUCUGAACUCUGUCAUUCUGCAACUGUCACCAUUCAUUAUCUAUGAGUUUAGGGUCAUUGCUAUCAAUGACAUUGGUAUGAGUAAACCCAGUCGCUCAUCAGCCAACUUCCAGACUGGUGGAGCACCUCCAGACGCCAUCCCUAAAAACAUCCAGGGAGUGGGAACAUGGAGAAACAACAUGAUGAUCAGCUGGGAGGCAUUAAACAACAGAGAGUGGAACGGUCCCCACCUAAAGUACUUAGUGUGGUGGAAACGGAGGGAAUCCAGAGAGGAGUGGAAGAAUGCUACCACUUGGUGGUGUAAAUACUACAUCUACGACACAGACACCUUCACACCAUACGAGAUAAAGGUCCAAGCUGUCAAUGACUUUGGGAUGGGCCCAGAGUCCCCUGUCAUCAUAGGCUACUCUGGAGAAGACCGUCCCACUGCUGCCCCCCUCAACCUGCGUGUGUCCAGGAUAGAGGCCACUAAGGUCACCGUGUACUGGGACCCCGUGGCUCGCACCAGCAUCAUGGGAGAAUUGAAGGAAUACAAGGUCUACUUCUGGCGAGACAGCAGCCAGCUGAGGUGGCUGAGUGUGAGCAGGGCCAUGAAGUCUAAAGCCUUUCCAGCCAGCGGGCCGCGUCUCUCUGGUGUCCUGCCGGGACUCAUCCCUUACAGCAACUACAAGAUGUACAUAGUGGUGGCCAACAACCGAUACGAGGGACAUCCCAGUAACACCAUAGAGUUCUCCACUCCAGAGGGAACACCCUCUGCUCCAAGAUCCUUCAGAAUCCAACAGAGACAUUUGGACAUGAUCUGGGUGGACUGGGACACUCCUGCAGAGCCCAAUGGCAUCGUCACCGGAUACAUACUCAAAUAUCAGACAGUGAACGCAACUCAGGGGGAAGAAUUGCACGUUGAGGGAUUUCCCCCAAACACCACCAGUUUUGCUGUUCGCAGAUAUGAUCGCUACACCCGCUAUAGAUUCACCAUAGCAGCACAGACUAGAAUCGGGGUAGGAGAGUGGUACACAGAGGAAUCACCCCAUUAUACAACUGAAGCUUAUGCUCGGGAGCAGGUGGACCUCUCCACUCAGGGCUGGGUAAUUGGUGUGAUGUGUGCUGUGGCUCUCUUCGUGCUCAUCCUGCUGGUCGUCUGCUUUAUCAAAAGGAGCCGAGGGGGCAAAUACCCAGUACGGGACAAGAAAGAAGUGACAUUGGAGCCAGUGGAUGACAAAGAUCAGGAGGGAUCAUUUGACUAUCGGUCUCUGGAAAGGAUAAGUCGUGUCACCACCAUUCCCUACUCUGCCCGACGGGAGGAAGAGACUAAAGUUGGCAGGGGCCAGACGACAGUAGACACCAUGAUGAAACGGACAGAUAGUGACGACAGUCUGGUGGACUAUGGUGAUGGACAGGAGAUUGAGUUCAACGAGGACGGCUCCUUCAUUGGCCAGUACACUGGACACAAGGAGAGGGAUGACAGAGACACAGAGUUCAGUGAGAGCAGGAGCCAGGAAGCCCACUCCCCGAUGGCCAACUCCCCCAUGAGCCCCAUCUAUUCAUUUGCAUAAGGAAACAAGAUGUACAAUGGGUGUUACACUCAGACUGGGUCCGGAAUGAACAUUGCCCACUAGCGCCUCUAUAAACAGUUGUAUAUGCGAAUCGGACUGGGUCUGGAAUGCCCACUGCCCACUAACUGGGGGACACAGGUGCUCCCAAACAAAUCCACCAUCUUCUUCAAUCCAGGCACACAAGAUGAUGUGGUUGGAGCCUGGUAGUGUUCCUCUAUUCUCAUGCUCUGCAUUGACACUGGGUUGGUGCUGUAAAUGCAAUACAGCAGCAAUUUAACAAAAAUAUGAAGGUUACAGUUACAGUCUGGUUACAGUUACAGUCUGGUUAUAGUUACAGUCUGGUUAUAGUUACAGUCUGGUUACAGUUACAGUCUGGUUACAGUUACAGUCUGGUUAUAGUUACAGUCUGGUUACAGUUACAGUCUGGUUAUAGUUACAGUCUGGUUACAGUUACAGUCUGGUUACAGUUACAGUCUGGUUAUAGUUACAGUCUGGUUAUAGUUACAGUCUGGUUACAGUUACAGUCUGGUUACAGUUACAGUCUGGUUAUAGUUACAGUCUGGUUACAGUUACAGUCUGGUUAUAGUUACAGUCUGGUUAUAGUUACAGUCUGGUUACAGUUACAGUCUGGUUAUAGUUACAGUCUGGUUACAGUUACAGUCUGGUUACAGUUACAGUCUGGUUAUAGUUACAGUCUGGUUACAGUUACAGUCUGGUUAUAGUUACAGUCUGGUUACAGUUACAGUCUGGUUACAGUUACAGUCUGGUUAUAGUUACAGUCUGGUUACAGUUACAGUCUGGUUACAGUUACAGUCUGGUUACAGUUACAGUCUGGUUAUAAUUACAGUCUGGUUACAGUUACAGUCUGGUUACAGUUACAGUCUGGUUACAGUUACAGUUAUGAAGUUGUAAAAAGUACAUGCUUUUCAGGUGUAUUUUGUGGGUGUGGAAGUGCAUGCGUACAUGUUGAUGUGCGUGUGUAAUAUUCCUACUAAUGGAGAGAUAUUGACUGAACAUUAGGCAGAGGGAUACAUUGAUAAGUUUAUCAUGUUGAUAAAAGCAGUGACACCUGGUAAAGAAACUAUUUAUAUGAUAAAUAUCAUUUCUAUGAUGAUUUAUAUGACAGUGGGAGAAAAAUAUUAAUUAACGAUUCACUGCUAAGUCACUGGUUUAGGCCUGGCAGGAUUGCUAAGGAUCCUUUUAAUUUUAUCUCCACCUGAUGGCAGUAAAUAUAGUACCACCUUUAGGGCUCUGUGCCCUUGACUUGUUUGUCUGUUGCUUUGUCUAAACAUUGUUCUGUGAAUCUUGGCUGACGUUGUUAUUGGUAUGAUGACACAUUGUCAUUGUGUACACACAUUUCAGGACUGUGGGCUGUUUCAACAUCUUUCAAAGCUAGACAGAUGUCAUCUGUAGCCUUGAAAAUGUCUGGACAGCAAAUUGUCUACUUUUGGGUGUGAGCGUCAACACAGACAUAUCCGUAAUAUCCCUAAACAAUGUCUCUAGGACCAUACUGUACCUUUUUUUCCCCUGUGCACUUAUUUUUACGAGGAAUUUGUGUAAUUGUAAUGUGGUGAGCUACAAUAUUUAGAAGUUGUAAAUGCUAUGAUAUUAUUUAAUAAUUUAUUUACUUUCUGCUUAUUAUUAAUGUUCCUUGUAAUUUUGGCAAUAUUAACUGAUAGAGAUUUACCUUGUACUAAUGGUACUCAAAUUAAUACACAAAUAGAUUAAAACACUGUUCUAAUGACAUGAAAUGCUCAAGGCCAGCUGCAUUUUUCCAUCAUGAGUAAUAGUGUUGAAAGUACAAUAUGGAGGAGCAGCAGUACAGUAUCAUCAUGUUCUCAAAUGAUAUGAUGCACACGGCAUACUGUAUAUUAACCUUCCAGUCAGGGACUAUGAAUCUGCAACAUCGUCAGUAACAUUAGUGGGGGAUAGCUGACAGGUGAUUCAGAGCUGUAUUUCAGACAUAGUUUAGUUUUUUUAACUGUAAAUUGUCUCUCCCCUUAAUAACCCAGCACUUGUGCAGUGCCUUCAGAAAGUAUUCACACCCCUUGACUUUUCCACAUUUUGUUGUUACAGCCUGAAUGUUAAAUGGAUUAAACUGAGAUGUUGUGUCACUAGGCUACACACAACACCCCAUAAUGUCAGUGGAAAUAUUUCUUCAACAAAUUAAUUAAAAAUUAAAAUGUUGAAAUGUCUUGAGUCAAUAAGUGUUCAACCUCAAUGCUGUGGUAAGCCUAAAUAAGUUCAGGAGUACAAUGUUGCUUAACAAGUCACAAUGAGUUGCAUGGACUAGUGUUUAACAGGAUUUUUUAAUGACUACUAAAUCUCUGUACGCCACACACACAAUUGCCUGUAACGUCCCUCAGUCGAGCGUUUCAGUGAAUUUCAAACACAGAUUCAACCACAAAGACCAGGGAGGUUUUCCAAUGCCUUGCAAAGGGCAACUAUUGGUAGAUGGGUAAAACAUGUAAAAGCAGACAUUGCAUAUCUGUUUGAGCAUGUGAAGUUAUUCAUUACACUUCAGAUGGUGUAUCAAUACACCCAGUCACUACAAAGAUACAGGCGUCCUUCCUAACUCAGUUGCUGGAGAGGAAGGAAACCACUCAGGGAUUCCACCAUGAGGUCAAUUGUGACUUUAAAACAGUUAGAGUUCAAUGGCCGUGAUAGGAAAAAACUGAGGAUGGAUCAACAUUGUCAUUUCUACACAAUACUAACCUAAAUGACAGAGUGAAAAGAAGGAAUUAUAUUCCAAAACAUACAUCCUGUUUGCAAUAAUGCACUAAAGUAAAACUGGAAAAAAUGAGGCAAAGAAAUCAACUUUAUGUCUUGAAUACAAAGUGUUAUGUUUAGGGAAAAUACAACACAACACAUCACUAAGUACCACUAUUCAUAUUUUCAAGCAUAGUGGUGGCUGCAUCAUGUUAUGGGUAUGCUUGUCAUCGGCAAGGAGUGGGAAGGUUUUUAGGAUAAAAAAUAAUUAGAAUAGACCUAAGCACAGACACAAUCCUAGAGAAAAACCUGGUUCAGUCUGCUUUCCAACAGACACUGGGAGACAAAUUCAAUUUUUCUGCAGGAUAAUAAUCUAAAACACAAGGCCAAAUAUACACUGGAGUUGCUUACAAAGACGACAUUGAAUGUUAGGCCUAGUUACAGUUUUGACUUAAAUCGGCUUAAAUCUAUUGCAAAACUUGAAAAUGGCUGUCUAGCAAUGAUAAACAACCAACUGGACAGAGCUUGAAGAAUUUGUCAAGAAUAAUGUGCAAAUAUUGUACAAUCCAGCUAUGCAAAGCUCUUAGAGACUUACCCAAAAAGGCAUACAGCUGUAAUCGCUCCCAAAGGUGAUUCUAACAUGUAUUGACUAAGGGGUUUGAAUACUUUCUAAUCAAGAGAUAUUAGUAUUUUAUUUAAUUGUUUUACAAAUGUUACAAUUUUUCUUACACUUUGACAUUACAGUUUUUUGUGAUGAUAAUAUAAAAGACAAAUAUAUUUGAAUUCCCCCUUGUAACACAACAAAAUGUGGGAAAUGUCAAGGGGUGUGAAUAGUUUCUGAAGGCACUGUAAAUAUCUAAUUGAUUGUCUAUUUAGUUCAUAGAGCUCUUAUUAUGUUGUGUCAUGCUAUCACAAGUGUUGCUACAUGAAUAAAGUGCUUGUUUUUCAAUCUCAAGUAUUGUAGUACAUUUAGUAUACAUUUAGUAUACAUUGUUUACAUUUAAUUUAUUAAAAUCUAGUUUCAGAUUUGCAUACAUGUGUGGCAUGAUGACAACAAAAUAGUUGGCUAAGGCAGAGGCAGACUGACAUCCAGGUUGAACCAGUGUGAAUGGUUGUAAGUGAUUUUGAAAUGUAGUCAACUCCCUGUCUUUAAAGGUCGAGCAAACAGGUCACACUCAGUAGAAUCCUCACACAGUAGACACCCAACUGACAGUAGACUCUCCAGGCAUUGUCAUGUUUUGCAUUUACAGUGUUGUUCUGUUUUCUUGACCUCAAUGAAUCAGUACACCCCUGUAAAAGAUAACAUUGAGUGUAUUAUCAUAUUGUGUUAAUCGAAGGACAUACUUUUACAGUUUCAACAAAAGAAGAAAAUAAAAUCUUAAAUCCAA